UUUGUGUGCUUGGAGUUCUUGUUUUUCUACUAAAUUUUUUCAUGAAGUUCUUAAUUUUUAGUUGGGUGUGUUGUAGACAGCUAUGGAUAUCUUUGUCUGAUUGCAUUUCGUCUGUUUUCAUCUGUCCAUAUUCGAUAUUGUUUGGGAAGAAUAUUCUGUUCUGCUAGAAAUUGCUUUUAUUUUUGUGCUUAAAAAGAUUGUAGCUCUGUCAUUCCUUGUCAGUUUCAGCUCAAUUUCUUCAUUCAUUUAUCGAUUCUAUUGUUCAUUCAGCUUUCAAAUGUCUUUAAUAUGAUUAUAUGUCUAUGAGCAACACAGUAGAGAUGAAGUUUAGUUUUCAGUUCUUGUUCAUGUUUGUUUCAUAGCCGAAGAAAAAAAUUCUAUCCCGGAUUAUUAUCUGGCAGUUUGUCUUACUCAAGCGUAUACAUUUUGUUCAAUUAGGACUGAUACAAUUACUUAGGCAUUUUUGGGAUUGGAAUUGCCAGUUCCUGCUGACAAUUGAAGGAUACACACUCGUUUCAGGACUUGAACAUGUUGAAGCAGUCAUCCAGUAGAAACCUGAGGUCCAAAGGCUUUAAGGUAAAGCAUUUCAUUCAGGUAUUUCUGUUGCUUGCCAUUGGCGUCUGGUUGGUCAACCAGCUCAAGCACUCUUACCAUAAGAAGGCAGCAUAUGAGGACAGUACUGGAAAGAUCUCAGAAGAGGUUCGAGGCGAUUAUGAAGUUGUAAAACUUGGGAGGAAAGGCCUCCAUCCUCGGGUAAGGGAAACAGGUUUAGAGAUUGAAAAUCAUGAGGGUAAAGCAGAAUUGGAAGAAGAAAUCGAAGAAAUUAAACCUGGAGAAAUUGAGGAUGAAGGAAGUGGUGGGGAUGAAGAAAUAGAUGGACAUGAUCAAGUAAGAACAGAAGAGGAAGAAACUGAGGAAGUAGAGGAUCUCAUUGAUGUAGACGAUAAGGAAAGGGAAGAAACAAAUGAAGAUCAAGAAAUUGAAGAGAAGGGCGAUCAACUUGAGGAUGUAAGUUCACUAGAUGAUCAAACCCAAAAUGAAGGCGAAAGGAAUUUACAACAGUUAAGAGAAGAACAUUACAGGGGAGAUGAUGCAUCUAGCUCUGUGAUGCAGAACUCCCAAUCAAUAAUCACACAACUUGGGAUUGGAGGUCUGAGAAAGAUUAAGGAAAACGAGAUAGAUAAUGCAGAACACAUAAAAUUAGAGCAGGGUAUAAAAGCCAUGGCAAUGAGGAGGUUGUUUUUUACCCAAUCAGGUCAGGUCCAUACGGAAAUGAUGCAAAAGAUAUCGGCUUGGAUUCCCGUUCAUUGAUUGAUGAUCAUAUUGAUGGAGGGGGGGUUUUAGGGAAAGCCACGGCCUCUCUUUCUAUUAAAUACUAGAACGGGUCAUGAAGCUUGAUGCAAAUGCUGCAGGGAAGGUCGGAUUCUGAUCUUACAAGCCAUGAGCUAGAAUAAUGAUAAAUAAGCAGGAGCAUUUAGGAUAUAUACUUGUAUGAACCAUCAGAGAGAGAAUGCAGAGAAAAAGCUCUGCAUUAGUUAGUGACUGCUAGUGAGGAUGUAGGUGUUCUUUCCUUCUGAUUCCGCCUAAGUUGCUGAGGAUCAGCCUGUCGUCGCUACAUAGCGGGACAGGAAGCAAGUUAUUUGGUGUGGUUAAAAUAUCCACCCUCUGGAAGUGGGUGAUUUGAAGUCCUAGACAUUCUGUGUUCCUGUAAACUGUAGCCUAGGGUGAGCAAUUGUACAUACAUGUUUCUGUUUAUUUAUGUCUCUAAAUUCCCUUA